AUGAUAAUAGCUUGUUUUGAAUAUGUGCAGUGUGCUCCAGUAUUGCAAGAAAAUUCACCCACUCCACAAUCUGAGUGUGUGUCUCCUAAUACAGAUUAUGCAAACACAGACUUGAUUCUAAACCAGGAUACUUGCGUUUGUAAAGUAUCGGGCUUUACUCAUGAUUCUGAUGCAGAAUUUGGAGCUGGUUCCCAGGAAACCGAGGAAAAUGAACAUGUACCAGCUGCUGAAAAUACUGAGGAGAACUGUACACAUGAUGCGAACAAACUACAGUGUGGUGAACAAACAGUUUCAGAUCUUCCUAUGGAUGAAAAGUCUGAAAGGACUGAAUCUUCAGAUUGUGCAAAACAUAAAUAUGUUGAGGAUAUCUUCAUACCUCCUCCUCCAGUACCUGCACUCACAUAUGAUGCCACUAAAGAAAGACUGAUCAUCACUGAGUUGAUGGUUCGUGAUUUCAAAUCGUAUGCUGGAGAGCAUGUAAUUGGACCAUUUAAUAAGAACUUUUCUUGCAUAGUGGGACCAAAUGGAAGUGGGAAAUCAAAUGUUAUUGAUUCAUUACUGUUUGUGUUUGGUUACCGUGCUCAAAAAAUACGUUCUAAAAAAGUAAGUGUACUGAUUCACAACAGUCACAAGUACCCCGAUCUCCAGAGUUGUUCUGUAACUGUGAAUUUUGCAACUAUCAAAGAUCAGGGAAAUGAUUUUGUGAUACUGCCAGGUUCUAAAUUUUCGGUGUCAAGAACUGGCUAUAAGGAUAACAGUUCUACCUAUGAAAUAAAUGGCAAACGAGCUCAAUAUAAAGAUGUUGCAGCUCUGCUGAAAAGAUAUGGCAUAGAUUUGGAUUACAAUCGCUUUAUGAUUUUACAAGGAGAAAUUGAAUUGAUCUCAAUGAUGAAACCAAAAGGUUUAAGCGAACAAGAUACAGGAAUGCUUGAAUAUAUAGAGGAUAUCAUUGGAUCUAAUCGUUUUAUUAAACCUAUUCAAAGUAUGAAUUCUAAAGUUGAAGAAACGAAUGAAAUAAGACUUGAAAAGUUGAAUCAGCUGAAAGUAAUUGAGAAAGAGAGAGCAGAAGCAGAGAAACCCCGAAACAAAGCUAUGGAAUAUAUAAAACUGGCAAAUAAAGUAGCACUGAUGGAGAAUUCUGCUCUUCAAGCAGAAAUAAUGAUAGCCACAGAAGAAAGUGAAAAACUUACUGAGAAUAAAAAUGCUUUAUCUGAAGAGAUAAAGAAACUUACUGCAUCACAUGAUGAACUGCAAAUUGGAAAAGAGGAAAAGGAAGCUGAAAUGAAAGGCAUUGUAAGUGAAUAUGAAAAGUGUGCUAAAGCUGUUGAAAACCUCAAGCAACAAUUUAGUGAAUUGGAACGUAAGGAUGUAGCAGGUCGGGAAAAUUUGAAAAAUACCAAAGAGAAAAUUAAAAAGUUGGUAAAAAGUCUGGAUGCAGAAGAAGCUAAGGUAGUGAAUUUGAAACAGCAGCCUUCUAUACUUAGAAAGGAAAUUGAAGAACUAGAAGCUAAAAAGAAGAAAACAGAAGAACAGAAGUCUGUGGAAGAAGAAAAGUUGUCUGAAAUAAUGGGGUCAAUGAAGAACGAAAUCCAAAGUUUUGUUGAUGAAAAAGACAACUUUGAGUCUGAAUUAGUAGAACUGAAAAAUAUCGUCAAUGAAAAGAAAUCAGAGGUUGAUUUGGCUCAGUCUGAAUUAGAUCUAUAUCAAAGUACCGAAAAGAAGGAGAAGGAGAAACUGAGUAUUUUGAAAUCUGAUUAUGAACAAGUCAUAACUUCCAUAAAAGAACAAGAAAAAUUUUUAGAAGAAUCUGAGAAAAAUGUUUCUGAAACAGAAACGAAACUGUUAUCAGCAAAACAAAAAUUAAUGGAAGAAGAAAAACAAGAAAACUCUAUCAAUGAGGAGUUGAAAAGUAAACGAAUGAGGCUGGACGAAGCAAAAAAUUCUUUAAAUGCCUCUCAGAAUCAUAAUGCUCUUGUGAAAGCUUUUAUGGAGCAAAAAGCAAAGGGAAAAUUAACAGGUGUUUAUGGCAGAUUGGGUGACCUAGGAGCAAUAGAUGAGAAAUAUGAUGUUGCCAUUUCUACUGCUUGUGGUAGUUUAGAUCAUAUAGUCACUGAUACAAUCACUACUGCUCAACAAUGUGUUGAGUUUAUCAAAGCCAAUAAUUUGGGAUAUACAACAUUUAUUGCUCUUGAUAAGAUGAAGAAAUGGGAGCCGUAUACUAAGGAAAAAAUUAUUGUCCCAGAAAAUGUACCUCGUUUAUUUGAUCUGAUUUCGGUCAAAGAUAAAGAUGUACUACCUGCUUUCUAUUUUGCUUUAAGAAAUACCCUUGUAGCAAAGGAUCUUGAACAAGCUACUAGAGUAGGUUUGCAGAGUAGUACAAGAUAUAGGGUUGUGACAUUGAAGGGUGAAUUGAUUGAUUUGUCAGGCACAAUGAGUGGAGGUGGUGGUAAAGUACUUAAAGGUCGUAUGGGGAAAUGUAUUGCUGAUAGUACUGUUUCUGAGCAGGAAGUUCAGAAAAUGUCUGCUGAAUUGGAAUUGCUAAUGAAAAAUGCUGCAGAAGUGAAAAAAAUGAAAUCUGAGUUGAAAGAUGUUAUUAAUGCAGCUGAAAAAGAACUUUCAUCCUUGAAACAUUCAAUUAAGAAAACACGUCAGAAUUAUAAUGGGUUUUUAGAUAGAAGAAAUGUGCUUUCUACUCAAAUAGGAGAGCAGGAGAUAAAAAUUUUAGAAGUGGUCCCAAACAAACAAAAAGUUAAAGAACUUGAAGCCUGUAUAGAAAAGAGAAGAAAAAGUUACACUAAAGCUGCUGAUGAUGCAAGCAUCAUUGAAGAUAAAGUUAAAAAUUUACAAGACAAAAUCUUGGCUGUAACCAAAGGCAAACUUGGGACGGCUCAAAAGCGAAUUGAUAAAUUAAAUGCUGAAAUAAAUCAGACUACUCAAGGGAUUAUUAAAUGUACUGCUUUGCUAAAAAAGUCAGAAAAGAAUUUGAGUAAAGCUGAAGAAAAAAUUGCAUCUUUACAGUCAGAGAUAGAAAUUUGUAACAAGACUAGACAGGAAUUGAAAGAAGAGUUAACUAUUUUAGAAAAAAAUGGUUUAGAAAUUUCAGCAAAACAAAAGGAAGCUGCGGAGGAACUGGAGCAAUGUGAAAUAAAGAAAAAGUUUAUAUCAAUUUUAGUGCAAGAAUUUUCUACAAAGAUGCAUCAAAUUAAAAGUGAACUCGUUGAUCAUAAAAAUAAAGUUAAAUUGAUUGAAAUUGAUCUGAGGGCAAAGCAAGGCCAGGUUAAGGGUUUAAAAGCACAGUUAUCAAAAUUAGAAUUAUUUGAAGAGGAUGACAGUCCAAUUGAAUUUCCUACUCUAACACGUGAAGAGCUUGAAGAAGUCGCCAUUGGCAAAAUAAAUUACGAAAUUGGAUGCAUUCAGAAGCAAAUGGAGGGAAUGAAUCCUGAUUUAGGAGCCAUAGCUGAAUUUAAACGAAAGGAAGAAAUGUAUCGGAAGAAAUUAAAUGAUUUGGAGGAGACAGUAAAAGAACGAGAUCGUUAUAGAGGUUAUUAUGAGACUCUUCGAAAGCAUAGAUUGAAUGAGUUUAUGAAAGGUUUUAAUUUAAUAACACUUAAAGUCAAAGAACUAUACCAAAUGAUAACUUUAGGAGGCGAUGCAGAGCUUGAAUUGGUAGACUCUUUGGAUCCUUUUGCUGAGGGCAUUGAAUUUAGUGUCAGACCUUUAAGAAAAUCUUGGAAAAGUAUACGCAAUUUGUCUGGUGGCGAGAAAACCCUCAGUUCAUUAGCAUUGGUUUUUGCUUUGCAUUAUUAUAGAUCUACACCAUUCUUUGUAAUGGAUGAAAUUGAUGCUGCAUUGGAUUUUCGUAAUGUGUCAAUUAUUGGGAGCUACAUAAAAGAUUGUACUAAGAAUGCCCAAUUCAUUGUUAUUUCUCUUCGAGAAAAUAUGUUUUUGCUUGCUGAUCACCUUAUUGGAAUUUAUAAGUUGAAUAACCGUACAAGAAACAUUUGCUUGAGUCCAAAGUGUUUGCAAAGUCUUGUACAAUCAGUUAUGCCAAAUGUAUCAGUGAUAGCUAUGGAUAGAACUGUAACUGAUGAAAAUAUAAAAUUAGAAAAACAGAAUUCAGAAGAGGUAGAAAAAGAUAAUAGAAACAGAACUGCUGAAUCCAAUGAACUUUCUAAAGACAUUGUAUUAGAUAAAACUAUAACAGAGAAAAGAAAGUGUUCUUUUGCUGUCAUAGACAUAACAGAAAAUAUAAAUUCCUUGAGAAAUGGAAACGAGCCAUUAAUGCAGACUGAAAAAAGCAAAAACAAGAGUUUUGAAAUUGACAAUGAUCGUCUGCUUUGAAUGUGAGGCAUAUAACAAAUUAUCAUGUUAAAAAUUGAUGUGGUAGGAAGUAAAUCUUUUUUCUCUGCUAAAUAUUAUCAAGCAGAAAAAGUCGCAAUGAAUGGGAAUCGCAGAAAUAUAGUUGAGAAAUGUUUUCAAUUAGAGAAUAUAUUUCUUCGUUAAAAUGUACAUGUAGUCAUUUUCUCAUUUUCAUUCAGCAUAUAUAACUUAAGUAUUAUUUUAUUUUGUGACUAAUUUAUUUUUACCCUUUUUUUCCUACUUGUACUACUCAUUUGCAAAUUAUGAUGCAAAUGUAAAAAGUGUAGAAUUUUUUUAUAAUUUUAGAUUUUGCAUUUACAUGAAUUUUUAUUACAAUUUUUGCUGAAAUUUUAUUCUGAUUAUAAUUAAUUUUAUUGUAUGUCAUUGAAGUUAUUUCACAUAAAAGAAGACUACCGGAAUUUUGCUAUUCAAUAAAAGGCAAUAAUGAACUAA